CUUGAUUAGUAAUAAACAGUUUAAAUAUUUAAACACAAUAUUAUUCAAGGAAAUAUUAACUUAGUUUGAGUAACUAAUUAAUUUAUUUCAGAAGGUGCUCGAGUAAAAUUUCCAUGUCCGCCCAUUUAUAGAAGUCGUUAAAUAUCCAAAAAUUAGGACGAAUAAAUCACUAACUCGACGCAGGGCAAUAAUUCAUCGAGUUAAAAAAAAUUAGUUUAAAAUCAACUAUGAGUUCUUAUAUUUGUCUAGUUUUUCUUGUGUUAAGUACUGUUACAGUAUUUUACAGUUCUUAUGCGUCUUCUCAAGAAACAUGUGGUUUAAGAUGGCGAGGAUGCAAGAAAUCUAUUCAGAACAACAAAGCUCAAAAUAUCGCCUGGCUACAAAAGAACAAAAAUCCAAAGUUUGCUCAAGUUGAAAAAGAACUUUCAAACCUUAUUGACAUGUCUGAAGACGAAGAAAUAAAUGAAAAUGCCGAAGAUUUUGAAGAGAAAAAACAACACCUAAACUAUUUGGACUAUCUAGCAAACUUAUUUAGCAUAAAUUAUAAAGAAGAUGACAAAGCAUCUGUAUAACUAAAUUAAAAAAAAAUUGUUGAAAACAA